AUGACAACAUACGGCACAAAUCCGACGUCGGCUAACGACCUAGCACCCAAACUCGAGUACAUCACACGAGCCAACGACCAACACAACGUAAGACCCGGCCUCGCCACGCGCCGCCCGUGGAAGCAAAUGCUCGACCUCCACUCCUUCAACUUCCCGCGCAAAUUAGCCACCGUGAUCACCAGGAUCAGAGCCAACACCGUCUACUUCCAAACCAACUACACCAUAGUCGUCCUCUUCACCGUCUUCCUCAGCCUGAUCUGGAACCCCUUCUCCCUCCUAAUCCUACUCUCCCUAAUCGGCGCGUGGCUCUUCCUCUACUUCCUCCGUGACGAACCGCUCACUGUUUUCGACCGCGAGAUCGACCACCGUCUCGUCCUCAUCGUCAUGUCCGUUCUCACUCUCUCGAUCCUUCUCUUGACCGACGCAAAGCUCAAUAUUGCAGUGGCCGUCAUGGCAGGCGCGGCGGCUGUGUUGUUUCACGCAGCUGUAAGGAAAACCGAAGACAUGUACCAAAACGACGAUGAAACCAGUCGUUUGCUUCCAUAA